GGCACUGCAAACAACUCAUCUUCAUACCCUAGAUAAGUUUAUAUAAAUACAUUGCAAACAGACUUCCCACAGGCUGUCUGCUCCUUUGAGACCAAGGACUUUGCAAGAAUGAAGUGUUUCCUGGGUUUCCUUCUUGCCAUUGGCAUCUUGGUGACACUAUGUGACGCAGACUGUUAUUUUCUACCAGCUGGCCCACAGAAACCUACUAUAGGUUGUAUUCAAGAUGGAAAACUAUAUCGAUAUGGUGCCACUUGGAUUAAGGACUGCUACCGUUGCAACUGCAACCAGGGCGGAAUAGGCUGUUGCUCCAUCUUUGGUCGUCCUACUGGCUUUGAUGAAAAGAAAUGUAAACUCAUCUUCCAUAAGGAGUCCUGCAGCUACUUGUUGGUGCAGAAGGCCAAUCCCUCUAAAACUUGUCCGUUCACGAGCAUGGUUGGUUGAGGAGUAACCUCCUUGGAAGAACCUACCUUCCAGGUUUAAGUCACUCAUGGAAUAAUUCCUUUCUUGGAUCCUAGUAAUUGUAGAUGUGUUUUAAGAUUUGCCACCGGCAUGCUGUACUUUCCCUAUCAACUGUGUAACCUUUCUUCAUUCUCGUAUCUUGGAGAUCAGCAUUGUUUCUAUAUAAUUCUAGGUCUGUCAUCGUAACUGAAUUCUGCCAGAGAUCUUGGC